AAUGGCGUAGCAGAACGGAGGAACAAGACUCUUAUGGAAAGGGUUAGGGCAAUGAUGAGUUAUAGUAGUUCACCAGAUUUGUUUUGGGGAUAUGCAUUUGAAACAUCGGUAUACAUUCUGAAUCGAGUACCUUCUAAAUCAGUACCAUCUACACCAUUGGAGUUGUGGUCUGGGCAUAAGCCUAGUCUAAGAUAUCUCAGAAUUUGGGGUAGCCCAACACAUGUGCUAAGAACCGAUACUGAUAAGUUGGAACUGAGAUCAGAAGUAAGGCUGUUUGUGGGAUAUUCUAAGGAAACGAAAGGUGGUCUAUUUUAUAGUCCCGAGGACCAGAAAGUAAUCGUUAGCACGAAUGCUAGGUUCUUGGAAGAAGACUAUGUCUUAGAUCACAAGCCCAGUAGUAGACAUGUUCUUGAGGAGUUAAAGGGAGUGAGUACUUCAAUACGAAGUGCGCUAGAUGUUACACCACAAAGUACUGCAACACGUAUCACUGACGUUGCACCUGAGCAGGUAGUACCUCGUCGUAGUGGGAGGGUUGUCCGGCAGCCGGAACGGUUCAUGGGUCUGGGAGAGUCUUCUGAGGCCGUCCCAGACGUUCUUGAAUCCGACCCAUGGACAUACAAUGAGGCAAUCCAAGAUCAGGACGCAGAGUCUUGGCAAAAGGCGAUGAAAUCUGAAAUAGAGUCAAUGGACACUAAUCAGGUCUGGGAUCUUGUAGAGCCACCCAGUGGCGUUCGCGCCAUUGGAUGCAAGUGGGUCUAUAAGAGAAAGAGAGGAUCAGAUGGGAAGGUUGAGACCUUCAAAGCUAGGCUUGUUGCGAAAGG